AUGGCGCGCUUACACAAAGCAGAUGACGAGUGGUGUCUGCCCCAUGAAGAUGACUCGGAAAUCAUCAAAGAGUAUGACAGCGCUAGCCUCACUGCUUUGAGAAUACUUGAACGAAAGGCUUUGCCUCUAUUCCAUUACAUGGAGAUCCAAGAGUGCGUGAAGAAUGGAUGGGCGUCGCGGUUGCGGAUCUGUACAAAGUUCAUCCAGUUCGGCACUUACCUCCGCAUCCCCCUCGAGACGGUCCACCUAGCGGUGAGCUGCCUUGACCGCUUUCUCUCGGUUAGGGUUAUUUCAGAAUACCAUCUUGACCUAGUCGGAGCAGUCAUUUUCGCCAUCGCGGUCGAGUUCGAAAGAUUGAGCGUACCUUCUGUGUUUGAACUCGAUAGUAGCCUUGUAGAGCGGUACCAACCAGGAGACAUCCCAUUCAUCAAGUCAGUCGUAGUUGAAGUUUUGGAUAACACGCUCAAAACACCGAGCCCGUUCAUGUUCCUUCGCCGGAUCAGCACCGCAGACACGAAGGCGGCGGCCAUACUCUCCCUUGCGCAGUAUCUAUCGGCAUGCAGUCUACUAGAUGCAAGAUACGUCGGGAUUGAACCGAGCCGCAUUGCAGCAGCGGCUUACCAUCUUGCUCUGCGGAUCGCGUUCAAGGGGAGUUGUCUUGAACUCAACUGGAGCGACAAGCACGUCAAGCUCUCUGGCUACUUGGCGGUAGAGCUGAGACCACUGAUGGCUGCACUGUGGAACACCAGCCAACAGGAACAAAUCAACGCACCUAUCAAAGCCAUGAGGGUUGGCCAGUUUCAAGAAGCUGCUAGGGUUGUAGAACGUACCUCCGAGAGCGUCUUCUUUCCACGAUGUUUCAAUCCGUGGGAGUACGAGGGCCUGUACAUACCGUCUUGGGACGAGUCAACAGGCAGCUCGUUAGAAAACGUCUCAAGCUCGUCAGAAUGUAGCUCACAAGGCGGAUGCGAAGAGGGCAUAUGA